UCCUUGGCUUCUGGAGCUGGGCCAAGACAACUUUCUAUAAUUAAACCGCAGUCGUCAUGGGCAUGACGACAGCUGGGCACGACCAGGUGAUCCAGCAACCUCUCCCGUCUUCCACCAGAGACGAGCAGGCAAAGGGGGCAGAGCGAGAGGGGAAUUUAGAAUGAACCUUCUGACAGGUUGUGCCAGGGAGAGCCUGGGCUCCUCUGCCCCUCUCCUCUCCGGCGGACUUUGCAAGGUCGCGGCGAGGCUGCCCGUGCUCCCGGAGCCUGUUCCUGCCGGCAGGAAUGCGCAGUGCCUGCGGAGCUGGGCUCCGGCUCGGCACAGCGCUCUGCAGCCAAGGCUCGAUGACUUUGCAGAUGCUGGUGCUGCGCACGGAAUGACCUGACCUGAGCCGAGCCACGAUGCAGUCCCGGCCCUGGAGAGCUCUGCCUGCAGGAACGAGCCAGUGGAGUUUCCUCCACUCAAAGCGGAGUUCCACAAAAAGGAUUUGUUUUACAAAAGGCUCGAGAUUGAUGCAGCUGGCGGAGUCCCUGCAGAGCUGCCCUCACAGCUGUGCUGACAUUCAUCAAAGGACAUCCAUUCCUGCAGUGUAAAAGUACGAUGUUGCUGAGGACAUCUCUCCAUCUACCAGCCAUGCCAGUGAACAUCUGCAACAGUACCACUGGAAAUACUUCAGGAAGAGGGAAGGUUUUAAAAAAAUAAAAUAAGUUUCAUGGUAUAAAGCAAAAAAUCCAGUUUAUGUGAACAAUGAAAUAGUUUCCCCAAAAUUAAAUUUGUGAAAAUUCACUUCUGGUGAUUAUUUUUUCACUAGGGUAAAAAACAUUUUAUGGAAAAGUUAUGUGUUUGUCAUUCUGAGUCUUAUACAUCAAUAUAAAUAACUCAACAAACAUUAUUUAAACUACCAGAUGGAUAUAAUAAAAUAUAGUCCCAUCUACAUGUGAUAGAUAGAAAGGACUGGUCUGAUUUAUCACUUCCAUUGGUUCACACAGAUAAAUCACGGAACCCUUUUUAGGACUGGGGCACCAAAAAUAUAGAAAUGAAACAUACUGGUUCAUGAGCAAUUAGAAAACUUCAAAGAAAGUUCUUUAUAGAAAGCUCUGCAAGAAAAAAAAAAAAAAAACCAACAAAAAACCCAAACAAAACAAAACAAAAAAAAUGUGUAAAGUUCACUAUGAUUGUGAAGUUUAUUAUAAUUGUAUAGUCCACAAUAAUUGUCUCUCUGACCCUGGGUCAGCAAAAACCCAGUAUGCUACCAAAGGUCAGUCAAACCCUCUUCCAGACUGGAUUGCCCUUCUAACCCCCUCACCCCCCAAAUUCAAAACCUUCAUCCUAAAUCACCUUUCCCAAAAAUAUCUGUUUAAAUUUUUCCAUGGUUUCCAUAAAUCAUAGAAAUGCAGUAGCUGUCCAGCAGCAUCAGCACAUGAUGUCUUUCAAUGAAAAACUUCCAGCACAUGAUCUGCCUAAUUCCUAAAGCUGCUUUGAAAACCUAAUCUUUGGUGCUUUGCCCUUCAGAAAGGUUUGUCAUGGAUCUGGUGACAGACACAAUGCAGUGGUAUGAGAAAUGGUGCUACCCUCUAGUUUAUUUGGAGUUUGCUAAUAAUCUGUGCCCACUGGGAAAAGUGGAUGUAUCCACACCCCAGGUGGCCCCAGGUGACCAAGCUGAACCCUAUCACUUGACUUUGGGCUGUUUCUUGGAGGGUGGGGGUCCAGGGUCCUGGUUCUGUACUGGUCCUGCCACAUGGGACUGAAUCACUGCAGCUCUCUGCAUUUUCCCUUGAUGCAGUUGCUGGAGAUCACUUGGUAUCUCUGUCACACCCCUCCAAAUAUUCUCCUGUCAUUAAAAACAGUGACUCCCCCAGGGACACAGGCUGGAUAUGAGGCGAUGACUCCAGCUAAGUUUUCCCUGCCAUGAGUGAGUGAGUGAGUGAGUGUGAGUGAGUGCUCCCACUGGUCUCUGCCCCGUCAUUUGGUGGUCUGGGCCUAUUUUGAGCACAGAAAAGGCUUGCUGUCAGCCCCUUGUGCUGGUCUGAAGGAGUGCCCCAAACAGACUGCUUUCCAGCCAUGAUCCCCUGUCUUAUACUGUCUGCAAAGCUGUCAUGGCAUCCUGAAGAAACCUGCAGAAGAAAUACUGGCCCGAUUCCCACUUGGCCGGGCCGGGCUCUCUGAGUGUGGCACUCAAGGUCAGUGGUUCACUCCUGUGGAAUCCCAGGAAUCUUCUGUAUUCCUUUCCAGUCCCCUAAUCUGAUAAACUGUGUGGGGAGAGGCAAGGGAGGGGGGGAGGAGUAUGUGAUGUAACCGCUUAUUCUGGCAAAGUGACAACCCCACGGUGCCUGCAACUUGCGGUGGGGUUUUGGUGGCUGCCGCUGGGAGACUGAAAAAGAAGGCCUGGAGAUCCACCACAGCUGUGGGAGACCUUGCAGGGGAUGCACUCACCUCCCUUGUGGAGAGGAAGGCUGAGCGCAGCCUGCAUUUCCUUGUCUUGCUGGCUCCACCUGCACCGCGACCGGCUGGGGACAAUCCUGGAGAAAGGGAUGCUCGGAGACGGCUGCGCUGCUGCGGAGAACUUUCAAGUGCCUUUGAAAACAUCUCCCUGCUAAAGGAAAGAAGGGAAGAGGAGGAUCAUCAUAAACUUGGGAUGGCUUCAACUUGGCAGAAAGCUCAGGAAUUCUACAACUGGAUUCUUGAAAGUGGAGAUCCAAGGACAGACCCGUGGCCACUGGUCUACUCCCCACUUCCAGUGACCCUGGUCUUCAUCUCCUACCUCUUCAUGGUGGCACUGGGACCGUCCUGCAUGCGGCAGCAGUGGCGGCUGGAGCUGAGGGCUCCACUACUCAUCUACAACCUGGCCAUGGUGGCAUUAUCCAGCUACAUGUUCUACGAGUUUCUGGUCACUUCAGUCUUGGCCAACUACAGCUACCUGUGCCAGCCAGUGGAUUACAGCCGGAGUGAGCUAGGAAUGAGGCAGAUGGCAAGAGUGUGUUGGUGGUUCUUCUUCUCCAAAGUCAUCGAGCUGCUGGAUACGGUUUUCUUAAUUCUGCGCAAGAAACAAGAGCAGGUGACUUUUCUGCACGUGUACCAUCAUAGCUCUAUGCUCUUCAACUGGUGGUCAGGGGUCAAAUACGUGCCUGGAGGACAAGCCUUCUUUGUCGGGAUGCUGAACUCCUUUGUCCACAUCUUCAUGUAUGGCUACUAUGCCCUGGCCAGCCUGGGGCCGCGGAUGCACCGGCACCUGUGGUGGAAGCGUUACCUGACCAUCCUGCAGCUGUGCCAGUUUGUGGCUAUUGCUGCUCAUUCUUCCUACAACCUCUUCACGGACUGCCCCUUCCCUGAUGGCUUCAACACUGCAGUCUUCCUCUACAUCCUCAGCCUCCUGGCUCUCUUCCUACGCUUCUACUACCAGACCUACAUCAGGGGAAAGCAGGAGAAGCUGACUUGAAGGAAAUCAGAGGACAGAGAGCACAGCCUGAUGAACAUGAGCGUUCUCUGCUGCUUGUGACAUGGCUUCAGGAAGAAAAUGUAUCUGGGAAGUGUGUGUGAGGCUCAUGUUUUGCCUUCAAAUAUCCCAGGUCAGGGAGAAGAAAGGAAUGAUGUAAACUCAGGGAUUAAGGAACUGAGGAGCACAUUUUAUUAAGCUGAGGCCAAGCUAAGCCAAGUAGCCACCACCAUUGCAGGCUUUGGGGACAUUUGCAAGAUAAGGUCUUUUUCCCUUCCAUCUUUAACUCAGUGUCCAAGGUCUAGCAGCCAGCUACAACUCCCUGCCUCAUUUCUGAGGCUGUAGAGGGUUUCUUUGCAUCUACAGAACUAUCUCAGCUUGGUGUUGUAGGUCAGGCAGGGUCAUGUGCCUCCAGCCUGGAAAUCAAUGUCCAGGUAGCAGCAGAGGUCAGGAAUCCACAGGGACUGCAGGAUGUAGACUGCAUUCCACCCUGUUCUGCUAAGGAAGCUCCUACUAGGCCUGGGGUGGUCCUGAUGGUUUAACUUCUUAUCAGAAUAAGCAGCAAGGAAAUUGGACAUUAGAUUAUCUGGCUGGACAGGUGUCUUCACUGUCCUGAAGCUAAAGAAGGCAUUAUUAGCACUUUCAUCCUCAUACGAAACCAGUGCACUAGGAGUCACCAUCUCCCAUUUUCUGGAAUGUUUAUUUCCCUCUGUUUGCUCUCAUAACAAUAGAGGAUUUUAAUGCAUGAAGAUAUUUGGUAUUUCUCCUUGUAGAUGCGAUAUUUGAACUAGAAAGAAUAGAUUCAUGUUCCUUACUCAUAACUUUUUUCUCCAAUUUGUUAUUAUUUUUAAUAUUGUUAUUUUUAAGUUUUGCUUAUUGUCAAAUAUAAAGAGUUUAACAACAUCAUAAGCAACCACCUCCACUACCUAACUGUAUAAGAAUUAAUACAAAAUGUAUAUAAUCAAUUCAUUGGGUAGUGCAAAGCUGCAUAGCUCCAUUGAUUUUAAAAUCACCAACUGGGUUCUUUUUUUUUUUGCUCCUAAAUCAAUUACAACUAGAAUUUGGCACUUAUAUUCAUCUGCAGACUGUUAAAUAUUGUUAAAGUUUUGAUGUAGUAGUACUUUGAAGAUCCUAAUUAAACUACAAAGUGGUAAUAUUGAUUGAAUACUGCUCAGUUGAUUAAAACUGGUACUACAGAGUAGUGGUAUUUUGUGAAAAACAAAGGUGUUGAAGGAGAGGGUUGGAAUUAGUGACAUGAUGCGUUGCCAUUGCCAAGCCAAAUCCAGCUCAAAUAUAAGAAAGUCCAACUCCACUGGGAAUGUCCAGAGGACUAGAGCUGGCCUGAACCUAGCAAAUGGAUGUACCCCAAAAGACCUGUGUGCCCUACAACAAUCUGGAGUCAAGCGGCUGCAAAAAAUAAAUUCAACUUGUUCCUUGCUGCUCUGUGCUUGUACCCAAAUCCUUUCCUUCAGCCCCUCCACACACAUGUGGAAGAUAAAACAAUAUUCUGCCAUUCCUCACUCUCCUCCCCUUCACACACAGACACAAAGGACUUGUUCACACUGACACAAGGUCACAUCAUCAACCUCCUUCCUUUGAUUUAAGCAGUCUCUCUUCUGGUUGUCACUGGUGAGUAUGAGAAUCACUGCAUCUGUGCUAGUUGGUUUUCUUCCUGUCAACUAUUUUUUCAUGCUAAUAAAUUAAUAAAUAGUGACACUUUCAA